UCUGACUGGGUGUGAACUGUCUGUCUGCAGGGAUGUACCUGUCUGACCUCACCUACAUAGACUCGGCCUACCCCUCCACCGGCAGCAUCCUGGAGAACGAGCAGAGGUCCAACCUGAUGAACAACAUCCUGCGCAUCAUCUCUGACCUGCAGAGGUCCUGCAGCUACGAUGUGGCUGUGCUGCCUCAUGUCCAGAAGUACCUGAACUCAGUCCGCUACAUCGAGGAGCUGCAGAAGUUUGUCGAGGACGACAACUACAAGUUGUCGUUGAAGAUUGAGCCAGCCAGUAGCACACCACGCCCCAGAGAAGACCUUGCAGGCCAGGAGGGGUCGGCCUCUCCUCUCUGUGGCAGGAAGGGCGUCAUCGUAGCCGAGGCAACCAAGGCCCCCGCCACCCCCCCCUCCCCCAGGAACCUGCUGCCCUACGGCCACAGGAAGUGCCACAGCCUGGGAUACAACUUCAUCCAGAAGAUGAACAGCGUGGAGUUCAAGAGCGCCACCUUCCCCAACGCCGGCUCUCGACACCUAUUGGACGACAGCGUCAUGGAGAGCCACGCCCCUGCCAGAGGACAGGCCGAGAGCUCCACUCUGAGCAGCGGCAUCUCACUGGGGAGCAGUGAAGGAUCAGAGCUCAGUGAAGAGAUGUCCUGGCCAGUCUUUGAGAGGACUCGCCUCUAUCACUCCCUGGGCCCUGUGACUCGCGCCGCCCGCAUCCCCUACAGAGGAGCACUGCGGUCCUGCAGCUCUGCAGAUUCGGAGGAGCUGGCGGUGCACCUGUACCCUGGAGCGGUGACCCUGCAGGGGGUCCUGAGACGCAAGACCCUGCUGAGGGAGGGCAGGAAGCCCACGGUGUCCUCCUGGACCAAGUACUGGAUGGCUCUGUGUGGAUCUCAGCUCUACUACUACAACGCCAAGUCUCUCAAGGCCAGUGAGAGGAAGCAUUUCAAGUCCUCCUGCAGUAAGAGUGUGUGUGUUGUAGGUCUGAUGGCCAUGAUGGCCGACGACCCUGAGCACCCUGACGUCUUCCUGCUCACGGACUCCGAGCACGGUAACAGCUACAAGUACCAGGCAGGUAACAAAGCCAAUGCUCAGCUGUGGUUUAAACACCUCAGCGCUGCCUGCCAGAGCAACAGACAGCAGGUCCCAGCCAAUCUGAUGUCCUUUGAGUGAUGGAAGAGGAAAGGAGAAUAGGAGAGGAGACGAGAGGAGACGAGAGGAGACGAGAGGAGACGAGACGAGAGGAGACGAGAGGAGACGAGAGGAGAGGAGGAGAGACUCAGAUUAGAGCUAUCACUGCCAUGAGCUUAACCUCUGAACUCUGACCCCAAGUUCACUGCAGCCCCACCUCUGCCUUAAUGACACGACCCCUGUGUGUGUGCGUGUGUGUGUGUGAAUAUAGACUACUGAACUAGGAUCUGCACCACUAUGUUUCCCUGUGGAGCACUUCACACAUGAGGACCACCCCUCUUCUCCCUCCCCCCUCUCUCUCCUCUCCCUCCCCCCUCUCUCUCCUCUCCCUCCUCCCCUCUCUCUCCUCUCCCUCCUCUCUUCUCAUGAAUGGACAUAAAGGAUAUUUUCCUGUAUUUGUUUUGUUGAUUUCCACAUCCUAGCCUUUAGAAGGCUUUUUGGCCUAUCAUGGGCUACACACACUCACUCACACACUCUCACACACACACAGUGAGAAUAUGUAAACAUCCACACAGAAAGCACUGGACAAACCCAGUGUGUCUAGUUUCAACUCACGCUUCAUUAACCUUGUUUCUUGUUCACAUGCAUUCACACAUACACACACACACACCUCUCACCUCAACAGGGCUCAAACACCCCCUGCUGUGUGUGUGUGUGUGUGUGUGUGUGUGUGUGUGUGUGUGUGUGUGUGGGGGGGGGGGUCAUGUCAAGGCUGCGUGCUAGUCCUCAUUAUGACUGUUUUCUUUAUAUUCUCCCUCCCUCAUCUGUGAGACAUGGUUUGGAGUCAGGAACCUUUUUCACUGAACUAAACACACUCUCACACACACACAUUCUGUUACACUAAAGACUUGUCUGUUUGAUCUUCCUGGUGUUGCUUCACUGUGGGUGGAGCUGUGUCUCUCCUGGGGUUGUCUGGAGACAAACACACACACACACACCCUCACACACACACCCUCCUCUCUGGCCACAUGUGUCCUGUACUUCAGGCUUAGUGGACGGUUAUGGGAGGAGGGAUGCUCAGUGUUACCGUGGGAACGACGUGCACAUGCAGUGUUUUAACCGUCAGUUAGGUUUCUGAGCCAGACUGGAGCUGGUCGUUUCUGCCCCUUAUCGGAACAUUUUGUAGCUUUUAAUUUACCUUUUUGGGAGUUUGUUCAUGUUUGUGUAGUUUCAUGUUUGUGUUGUUGGCGUGUUACGUGUUGUGAGGUAACAGGAAGCAGCAGGGCGCCCCCUGCUGGUCACAGCCUCUCCCUGCUCCUCACCACUCACAUGGCUGUGUUCCCUGGGAGAGAGACAGUGUGUCUAAAUGUGAUGAUCUAGCAGAGGAGGACAUGGGGUGGGCAGGUGUAAAGGUGGGGAGGAUGAGAGGAGAGAGUAGACAGGAGAGAUGGACUAUCAUGCCAAAGGUGAGAGACCAGUUUAACCCUUGUCUUUAACAUCAGGGUGCUACUGUGUGCCCCCCACCCCUACUGGGUGCCCCACACCCCUACUGUGUGCCCCCCACCCCUACUGGGUGCCCCCCACCCCUAC